CCUCAUUAUCUAUUUAGCAGAUGGAGAAGAAUGCCAAGGCUCUUCAUAAGCCUGCUUGUUAAUCCUCCUUGAAAAGCCGUUUUAUAAGAGUGACAUCAAAGCUGGGGUGCCUCGAGGAGCACUCUCUUGAGGACUCUGACAGCCUGUCCCCUGGCUGAAUCUGAAUGUAAAGAGCAAGCAAAGUCCCGAGGCUCUUCUGGCUGCAGCUCCGAUGAGUCUACUACAGGGAGUUAAGCUUCCUAAGCUUCCUGAGCUUCCUAGGUCCCCAGCUCAGGCCUCACCUCUUUACCCAAUGCACGCUGAUUGCUGCGGACAAGGCCUGUGAAGAUGGAUUUUCCAGAUGGGUUGCCAUUUCUUGUCCUCAAUCUCUGGCUUCCAUGGUAGAAUAAGAAAGGUGGAGAAGAGGGAUUUCAGUUUCCUGGGGCGCUGUGUCUGUUAGCUGCCGGUAAAUACCUCUGAGAGACUCUGUUUCCAGCUAAAGAAGACCACCUGUCCUACAACUCUCAGGAUUAGGCACAGGAACUGUCUGGGUGGACCCUCUGGCAAAAUGAAUUGGACCAACUGUAAGUUCCAGAACUCCAGAGCCAGUAGCAAUGCUUUCCUGGAUGACCCCACACCACUGCCCUGCUCUGAGAAUUUCACUACCCUGAAGCCAGAGACUAAACCUGAUGAACUCAGCAGCUUAGGCACAGCAGCUACAGCCAUUUCUGGCUCUGUUGGUGUUGUGGCUCUCAUCUUGCUCCUGGUGGGUCUCUUGUCCAUGACCCUGAAGAAAUGGAGACAUGAGAGACUAUUUAAGAAACAAUUGAGGCACCAGACCAACUUUCUCCAUAGAACUUCGGAGCUUUCCUGCCAUGCUGAUGCCAUAUAUUCGAAUGUGAUCAACCUGGCUUCCUGGAAAGAGGAUGACUUCGCUGUCUAUGCCAACGUGCCCCCUUUCAAUCGCCCUAGGAAGACAUCACCAGACCGAGUGGAAUAUGCCUCCAUUGUAUUCCACUGAUGGGAAGCCAAUGAGAUGCUUCAGAUGGAGAGUCAGACCUAUGCCCCAGCUGGAUCCUGAGCUGGCUUGUGCUUUAGAUGGGUGGUGUGGGGGUGUGGGUGUGUCUAUUUAGAAAAAUGCAUAAAACAUAUUCUAAUGGUGGUAAA